UGCUGGGAAUCCUAAAAACAGAAGGGCACAAACAAGGAAGGAGACACCUGUUCUGCAGCAAUAAAACUGCUAGCACAUUUGCAAAGUUAAGCAGGGUCAUGUAUGGUUUCAAAUUGGAUGGGGAGACCUGCAUGGCAAAGGGGUGGACUAGAUGACCCUCAGGAUCCCUUGCAACUCCACGAUUCCUCUCCAGAAACAUUCCUGCAUUACUGUACUUGCACGCGUUGCUGAGCACGUGUCUCUCGCUCGAAGGCCUUGGAGAUGCACCUCAGCUGCGCUCCCGGUGCCAGGAGAGCCCCUUGCUCGCUCCGUCCCUCCUUCCUUCCUUCCUUCGGGGCGGGGAAGCGGGCAGCAGGGGGCGGCGCCAGGAGGAGGCACCCUGCCCUGCGGUGCAAGCUCGGCCGCAGCUGCUCAGACUUUGUGGGCCACCUCUCUCUCUCUCUCUCUCUCUCUCUCCCUCCCUCUCCCUCUCGCCAUGCUACCUCUCCGCUUUGGCCUCGUCCUCGUCCUCCUGUGCGGAGCCGGCAGCCGCGCGCAGCGGGCGGAGGACGAGCCCGAGAGCCCGAGCGAAAGUGCGCUCCGGGCGCUGCAGCUGGAAACCCUGGUGGAGCCCCCCGAUGACUGCGCGGAGCGCUCGGCGGUGGGAGACACGCUCCACAUUCACUACACGGGUACCCUUGAAGAUGGCCGCGUCAUUGACAGCUCUCUGUCCCGUGACCCACUGCAAGUGGAGCUGGGCAAAAGACAAGUCAUCCCAGGUUUAGAACAGGGUCUGCUGGAUAUGUGUGUUGGGGAAAAACGCAGAGUCCUCAUCCCCCCUCACCUGGCAUACGGCAAACGAGGUUCCCCGCCAGCUGUCCCAGCUGAUGCAGCCCUGCAGUUUGAGGUGGAGCUGGUGGGGCUGUCCAGAGCCACCUACUGGCAGAAGAUGUUGAAUGACGUGCUGCCCCUGCUAUGCAUCGGGCUCGUCCCUGCGCUCUUGGGGCUCAUUGGCUACCACCUGUACCAGAAAGCCCGGGCCCCCCGUGUCUCCAAGAAGAAACUCAAGGAGGAGAAGAGAAACAAGGCGAAGAAGAAAUAAAGUGCCCCCUCACCUUUUUGGACAUGGCUUUGCAGUUGCUUCUGUUGGGGGGUUCUGCUCUGUUGUGCUCACACUUUCACAAAAAAGCAGAGGGUAGGGGUAGGUUGGGUGAAUGGUUGGUCUCACCUACUAGGAUGUAGUGGUUUGAACUGUCUUUAACCAGGGAAGGGUAUCUAGGGGGUAUUGUUGCAAUAUAUAAGCAGCUCAGUCUCGCUUGUCAAUUGAAGGUUGCCUAUUUCUGAGAGUCACAUAGAAUCAUAGUCGGAAGAGACCACAAGGGCCAUCCAGUCCAACCCCCUACCAAGCAGGAAACACCAUCAAAGCAUUCCUGACAGAUGGCUGUCACGUCUAGCAAAGCACUGGCAAGCCAUUCAGAAUAUACACUGAGCAGUACUCAUGUUUAAAAUUCCCAUUGCCUAGAUCAGGCAUCCCCAAACUUCGGCCCUCCAGGUGUUUUGGACUACAAUUCCCAUCUUCCCCGACCACUGGUCCUGUUAGCUAGGGAUCAUGGGAGUUGUAGGCCAAAACAUCUGGAGGGCCGCAGUUUGGGGGUGCCUGGCCUAGAUUGUGCUGCAACAGGGGGCAGAGUGAUGCAUUUGCAAUCCUUCAGGCACAUUUGCAAUAUGUUCUCUAGACGUCGGUGGCCUCCAGCUCUCACCAGUCCCAGCCAGCAUGGACAGAAGCCAGGUACUUCAGGAGCAGAAGCCCAGCAGCAUCUGAAGGGCAUCCCUGAUUUGCACAAUGAGCUUUAACUAAUGACAUCUUCCUUGGAGGCCCUGGGAAUUGUAGUCCUGCAAAGUGAAGGACUUUUUGCAGCACACGAUAGAUCUGAUCUCCCAGCAUUUGGCAGGG